GCGCGGCGGGGCGGGUCCUCCACUCGUUCCCAGGACGCAGGGGCCGCAGGGCGAGUGGUCUCAGAAGCUCUCAGCACCAAGGAGGAAGAAAGCACUGUGGGGGCCUGGAAGGAAUGGUUGGUGCCAUGUGGAAGGCGACUGUUUUGCUGGUCCUGUUGAUGCUCAGCCCUGGUGGUGAUGGGCUGUUUCGCUCCUUAUACAGAAGUGUCCGGGUUUCCACACCACAGAAGGGAGAUGCAGGACAGCCGUUAGUUCUUACUCCUUAUAUUAAAGCUGGAAACCUCGAAGAAGGGAGACAAUUGAGUUUGGUCGCUCCUUUCCCCGGAUCGAAUGUGAAGAGUUACGCUGGCUACAUCACUGUGAACGAGACAUACAACAGCAACCUUUUCUUCUGGUUCUUUCCGGCUCAGGUAGAGCCAUCAAAUGCUCCAGUAGUUCUCUGGCUACAGGGGGGGCCCGGAGGUUCAUCCAUGUUUGGACUCUUUGUGGAACACGGACCUUAUGUUGUCACAAGUAACCUGACCCUGCGUCUCAGAGACUUUCCUUGGACCACUACAUUUUCCAUGCUGUACGUUGAUAAUCCAGUGGGCACAGGCUUCAGUUUUACUGAUGAUCCCCAGGGAUAUGCAGUCAAUGAGGAUGACGUGGCACGAGAUUUAUACAGUGCACUAAUUCAGUUUUUCCAGUUGUUUCCUGAGUAUAAAGAGAAUGACUUUUAUGCCACUGGGGAGUCUUACGCAGGGAAAUAUGUGCCAGCCAUUGCACAUUAUAUCCACAUGCUCAACCCUGUGAUGACGAUGAAGAUCAACCUGAAAGGAAUUGCUAUUGGAGAUGCAUAUUCUGAUCCUGAAUCAAUCAUAGGGGGCUAUGCAGCAUUCCUGUACCAAAUUGGCUUGUUGGAUGAGAAGCAGAGAAAGUACUUCCAGAAGCAGUGUGAUGAGUGUGUGAAAUUCAUCAAGAAGGAGAAGUGGUUUCAAGCCUUUGAAGUACUGGAUAAACUACUAGAUGGUGACUUAACAAGCGAGCCUUCUUACUUCCAGAAUGUUACAGGAUGUUCUAAUUACUAUAACUUUUUACAGUGCACGGAACCUGAGGACCAAAGGUACUAUGGGAAAUUUUUGUCCCUGCCAGAAGUGAGGCAAGCCAUCCAUGUGGGAAACCGAACUUUUAACGAUGGAUCCACAGUUGAAAAGUACUUGCGAGAAGACACAGUCAAGUCAGUUAAGCCAUGGUUAACUGAAAUCAUGAAUAAUUACAAGGUUCUGAUCUACAGUGGCCAACUGGACAUCAUCGUGGCAGCUCCCCUGACAGAGCGCUCCUUGAUGGCCAUGAACUGGACAGGAUCCCAGGAAUUCAGGAAGGUAGAAAGAAAAGUUUGGAAGAUCUUUGAAUCUGAUGAUGAAGUGGCUGGUUAUGUCCGGCAAGUGGAUGACUUUUGUCAGGUAAUUGUUCGAGGUGGAGGACACAUUUUACCCUAUGACCAGCCUUUGAGAUCCUUUGACAUGAUUAAUCGAUUCGUAUAUGAGAGAGGAUGGGAUCCUUAUUGAUGGAUAAGCCACUUUCCUAAAAGAGAAUAUCAGGGGUUUUCAUCUUUGAAAAGAAAAUUUUCAAAGUGGAAAAUGUCAUAUAAAUAAGAAAAUGAUCUUUUUUGUAUCUGCAAAAUGUUUCUCAUCAAUAAAAUUUAUCCUUGAAACAAA